GCGCCGUCGGCGACGCUCAGACCGUGCCCCAGUGCCGGUCCGUGCGCGACGGCGGCGUCCCGAUCCGAGUCGAGUGGAGCCGAGCCUAGCCGAGCCGGGCCGAGCCGAGCCGGGCGGAGCACGCCAACACCGCGGAGAGCACCGCGGCGCCCAGCCUGCCGAACCGCACCGGGAGGAUGCCCGUCGCGCCCUAGAGGAUGGGCGGUAACUCGGCCUCGGCCCUGAACCAGCGGCAGUCCUCGGGCGGGGGCUACGCCCAGGGCGGCGAGGCGUCCAGCGGCGACCCGGGGCCGGGCGCCGCACCACCAGAGGCGCCUCAGCAGCCAGCGCGCGCCGCCGAGGGCCCGCCCCAGGGCGCGGGAGGUCAGGGCGCCGCCCAGGGCCUCAAGCAGCGGCAGGCGUCCAUGGCUCUGCCCGGCGGCGGCCCCGGGGGCGGCGGCGGCUCUGGCGAGCGGCGCAGGCAGAUGUCGCUGGCCGAGCCUGGCGCCCGCUCGUCGGGCCGCUCCUCGGUGGGCGUCGCGGGCCGCCUGUCGCUCAUCCCGGGCCGCGGGCGGCAGGCGUCGCUCGUCGAGGCGCUGGGCUGCGUCGCGCAGCCCGAGGAGGACGAGGAGGACACCGAGCCGCCGCCGGACCUCACCGAGCACGAGAAGGAGCUGCUCACCACGUCCUGGAAGGAGAUCGAGAACAACGUGGCGCACGUCGGCGUUAUCACGUUCAUCAGCCUGUUCGAGACCCACCCGGACGUGCAGGAGGUGUUCAUGCCGUUCAACGGCAUCGAGCUCGAGGACCUGAAGCACAGCAAGCAGCUGCGCGCGCAUGCCUUGAGGGUGAUGGCCUUCGUGCAGAAGGCCGUGGCGCGCCUCAACGAGCCCGAGAAGCUGCAGACCCUGGUGCGCGACCUGGGCCGCAAGCACGUGGGCUACGGCGCCAAGAGGAGAUACGUGGACCUCAUCGGGCCGCAGUUCAUCCAGGCCAUCCGGCCCUCUCUCGAGUCUCAGUGGAGCGACGAGAUGCACGAGGCGUGGUCGCGCCUCUUCCAGCACCUGUCCUUCGUCAUGAAGGGCUCCAUGCUGGAGGAAGAGCGCCGCGUCAAGACGGCCGCCAAGGGCCGCUAAGAGGGUGUAGUAGGACGCCGUCAGGGGACGCCGUCAGGGGACGCCGUCAGGGGACGCCGUCAGGGGAGACGCCGUCAGGGGACGCCGUCAGGGGAGACGCCGUCAGGGGACGCCGUCAGGGGACGCCGUCAGAGUGCUGCGGGCAGGCGACCGGCCGCUCAGCGGGAAGGCGAUGACAGCAGCUCGGGGACACUCGGAAAACGAAAGUCAUGUUGUUGUAAAUAACUUCGGUUGUCGUAAUACUACGACGAAUAUUACAAAUGUUAUACGCGAAGAUAUUGCAUAACCUUACUACUAGAAAUUAGCGGUUCGUUUUAAAUUGCUGAUCUAACAAAGAAAUUUAUCUAUACCCGUUAUUAUUCAAGUAGCAAGUAGUGGUCUUGAUUCUUAUUAAUAGUUUAUGGUAACUUUAAGAAAAAACAUUACUAUUGAUACUGUAAGGAAAAUUUAUUAACAAACUUCUACUGCUUUAUUUAUCGCCACUAUGUUCGUUUAAGUCUUGCAUAGUACUCAGCUCUUUUAAGUGUUUUUUUGGCUGUUCAGCGUGUUGAACCAAACGGACCUAGUGGGCUCCAUGAACGCUUUCGAAAGCCCACCUGUGUGCGAGUGGACACCGGGCAAAUCCACUCUCAUCAGGUGUAUCAUGGGGUUUCACAUAUUAGCUGUUAAGUGUUUAAACUUCAAGUUAUAAAGAAACUCUAACAAGUUAGGAAUUGUGUGGUAGAGUAAAUCCUUAAAUAAUAUGUAAUUACAAAGAGGAAAUCUGUUGAAGAAAUGUGAGUAAAUUUUGUAUCCUCGACCUAAUUGAAAACUUAAUCAUCCUUGCAAAAAUGUCUUUGCGCUAUGUAGAAUUACGUACUCUGUGUGAAUAAAGGAAGUAACUGUUA